AUGACUCAUGGCGAAGACAGAACAACUGUGGCGGGAGGUUCCACCGUGGAUCACGGUGGCACUGCAAUGAAAGUCUUCAAAUCCGGUCGUGAGGCUGUGAGGCUACAAGGUUAUCGUGGCCAUGGGGCCGUGAGCUUAAGCUAUAGUUUCGUCUAUGGAGCCUUGCGGCAACAUAAGGCCUAUGGUGACAGCAGCUUGCAGUUGUACAGUGGUACGGGCUGUAUUGGCUUUCGUGACCACAGGGACAGGUGGUGGAGCAACUGGCACGAUACUCUCACCCACGGUGCUGGGAGGCGGAGCAUCCAUCUCAACCGUGGGGCCGUGGGGCUACUUCGGUUGAGCGAUGAAAAAGACGAAAUAGAUUCCUUUGAUCAAGAGCACACGUUGAGUGUAACUCGUGCUCUUAAUGAAAGCACUAAUUUGUUUGUGCAAAUUUCUCAAGGAGAAUAUUCGCGUGUAGAUUCUUCACCCUUCGAGCUUCCGUCUCUCUCUUCCUCAAUUCGUGGGAUGUUGGCUAAAGGCUCUUCGAUGCCUAAGGAGUGCCAAGUGGCCUUAGCCGUGUGUGGUGCCACUUAG